AUGAACACCAGUUCUGCAAACUCCAGUUUCAUUUUCCCGGUGAUAAAGCUCCGCGACGAUCAGUUCACUAUAUUCUUCAACGUGUCGCUAACUUUAUGCAUCUGCAUCAGCAGUCUGAUUUUGUUCGUCAUUAUUCUCAUCGCCUGGAACCAGCGCUUGCGCACCGGCUCCGGCGUGCUCAUUCUCCACCAAUUAAUCGUGGAAUUCCAGCUGGUGGCCAUCCACUGGCCCAUUUUCCUGUGGAUGCUAGCCACCUCCCAGCACAGCGGCACCAGCCAAACCGUGACCUUUUGCCGGCACUAUCACUUCUCCUACAUGAUCACCGUCACCGCCAGUCUGUGGGGGCUGGCGUUCCUGGCACUGAACCGGUUCGUGGCGAUCUAUCUACCGUUUCACUAUAAUAAAUUUAUUUCCCAUAUGAGCUUGACAAUCAUGAUCGUGCUGAUGUGGAGUAUUGGUUUCUUCACGCAUCUACCGUUUUAUUUGGGAGCAGAGGGUGGUUUUGUGCCGGCACCCCCGUCGGGGAUUUGCAGCAUCUACAAUCAGCAGUCGGCGAUGAUUUACGCGUUAACCAAUAUUCCGAGGACCUAUUUACCGUUGACCUUUUCCGCCUUGUUGUACUUACUGGUCUUUGCCAAAGUCGGUUACGCCAAAUGGCAGAAAGUGAUGGUCAUCACUCCCAAUCGUAUUAACCAUAUAUUUUUUACUGCCUCGUCAAAUAACGCGAAUCCCGGGAGAAAGGUCAACCGGGAAUUGUAUCAGAACCGCGUGACCAUGGCACGAAUGCUGUUUAUAGCGGCUAUCAUCCACUGCAUCUGUUUUUUGACGGUACCCAUUGGAGUGACCGUGGCGCCGGGUCUGUAUCAGCGCAGUCCACUGUACCGUAAUUGGUUGCGGACGCUGUUUUUUGUGGGAUAUGUCUCGACGCCGGUACUGCUGUUAGGAAUGAGCAAAUCGCACCGGGACAGUGCGAAACGGAUGUUGCGGCAUCCCUUGCGGCCUAUUGUCAGCGCAGUGGCAGCGAAUAGUGCCGUGGCCCAGUUUCAGUAA